UUGACGCUUUGAUAAAUUUACCCCACAGUGUCUAUAACAGAAAAAUAAGUUACAUCAUUCAGUUUCUGUUAGGAAAAAAGAGGAAGUUACUUUUAAAUUUUGGUACAUCAGGUCUGUCAGUUUUAACUGUAUGUCUUAGGGAACUUCCCUUUUUUCGUUUCAAAAAGUGCUUGGAAGCACUUAUGUAUGGGCAAGUUGGGUUUGGAACCUGGUCAUAUAAACUGGUUGUAUCCUACAAUACCAUACCUUGCUUGGUCUGCGACACUAAUCUAAACAACACAGCUAUGUUGUCAGAGGCCUAUCUUUAUGGAAUCCAGCAUUGCUAUGAAGGUGGUAUCAGUAAAUUCCAUCAUGAGAGACUGGACAGUGCAUCAGAAGAGUUGCCCAGUGUAUGUGAUCUAAAUUUACCAGCACCUGAUAAAAGAGGCUGGAGGCGUUUUUGCAAGUUUGGUUUUAAUGGAAAGCACGCUCAAUUGAAAAAAAACAAGAAUAACAAAAUUCAAAGAAAUGUACAGCAGCAGAAUGAAAACUCCAUAUUUGAAAGGGAAACGUCAUCCUCUGUAGAAAUAAGUGGAAGUUCAGAUUUAAAUAAAGAAAAAUAUUUAGUUCCACCAUCAUGUAAAAAUAUUUGUAGAGACUAUAACGAUUUACACAUAGCAGGGGACCAAGUGAUGGCUAUGAAUUCUGUACUGAAUGACUUUAGUUGCAACAGCAGUUUCGAUUUUUGUGAUGGUCCAUUUUUACAGUCUUCCCAGAUUCCUCCAACUAUGGAUUCUAUUAGUGUAGUGGUUAAUGAUGUUUCCAAAAAGCCAACAAAAACUGACUCAUCAUGUUGGAGAGUAGGCAGCAUCAGAGACAAAAGCAUAAUGCAGCACCAGCAGCCACUCUCUAACGCUGUGCUAAACGAAUACUUAGAAAGGAAGGUUAUUGAGCUUUACAAACAAUAUAUAAUGGACUGUGUGAGCAGCAGCACUUCUCCAGCCCACAUGAUGGCUUCAGAACUCAUCAUGAACAACGUAGAACAAAUCAGUAUGCAAAUAUCACGUGAGCAAAACAUGGAGACUACCAAAGCCAAGGACAUGGUGAUUAGUUGUUUGCUAAGACUGGCUAGUGGCAAAAUGUCCAGUGAAUUGAGUACUCCGGAAUUACAAAUAUCUUCAGAUGAAGAUUAAAUCAGUUAUUCACAAUAGUUUUAUAAAACAAUACUAAUACAGAUUAUAUUAAUAUGUACAAUAGUGCAUAUAAGUCAUGGGAAAUAUUUAUACUUCAUAUAUUUUUUUAGUAAAGUUAUAAUAUGGGUAGAGUCAAAAUUACUUCUAAUAAAAAAUUGAUAGAGUAUAACAGUUUUUUUUAUAAACAGUUGUAAAGCUUUUUAAAAAAAAAAAAAAAAAAAGAAUUGUAUUAAA